AAAAGGAGGGGCUCCUCCGUCAAGCUGGGAGCUGUUUGUGGUGCUGAAACAACGCCUGUCUCCUGAAUCCUGCCUCUUCCUGUCAGUUUCGCUUCCUCCAGCAGCAUCAUGCUCCCCUAACAUCCAACAUGCCCGUUUUAGCGCAAGUCUUUGGUGAGGAUUAGUGAUUUAUUCAGCAGCGGUAUGGAUUCACCAUGGUGUCCCGUCUUCUUCGCUGCUUUGGCCGCCAGCCUUUGCGCCUCACCUGCUCUCGCCGACAGAAAAUUCGGUUGUUUGUUUGAAGACGAGCUUUGUGCGCCGUAUGAGUUCUGCAUUAAUGAUGGACUGUUUGGACGGUGCCAGGAGUUGGCCGGAGCAGACCUGAGCACGUACGAUAUCUCUUCCUCCGUGCUGCAACGCCUCAGGGUCCUCCUACAGAAACUGGCUCACCGAGGUUUGACAUGGCAGGACGACAUCACUCAGCAGGUUGUCUCCAGAGAACUCUCCAAACUAAGAACUAUUCCCCUUCGCCAGCCGAGCGCACCUCCCAGCCGCCUGAUGACGUACAGCAGCUCUAAAAACAGAAAACCGAAGCCCGCGCAGGCCGAGCUGAGCAAAAACCUGCAGCAGUAUCUGACCGGGUUGGGCUUUUUGCCGCAGGCUGAGGUAGAUCAACAACAACCAGGAGCCCAGCGAGAGAUUCAGAAUGAAGAUAUCAACACCGAUAGUCCGUCCCAGCCAAAACCAAAGCAGGGCUGGAAGGAGACCACCAUCUACAGCCUUCAGAAAGGGGCUGGUCAUCCUCCAGUCACCAAAGUCAUCUCCAAAAGUGGAGAAGGCAGACACCCCAAGCUCAGCACAUCCUAUUCCAGCCAGGACAAGAGCAAGCUCCUCUCCAACCAUCUGGAGCAGCUUCUUUCAGGGGCGUCAGGCACUCAGCAGGGCAUCUCAGGUGGUGAGGCGGCGUGGCCCAAAGGGAAGCUUCACUACCUCAGCUACAUGCAGCCUGUGCAAAGCGAUCAUGCAGAGCCACAGGCUGCUUUUGGCUCCAAAACGACACAGCCUGAUCUCAACAGACUGCUCUUCAAGGCUGGCUCAAACCGACUCGCCGCAAAAGAGCCUCCUAGUGCCGUGGACGAGCAUUUUUUCCGAAAUGCGGUGAACCAUUUGGGGAGGCACAGCGUCAACAUGGAGGAUUUCAUGGGCAACGACCUGGACCACCUGGCUGAGGUCAUCACAGGAGCUCUGCAGAAGGUCAAUCAGGAGCCAGGGCCAGGAGCCACUGACUCCAGAGGGGAGACGAAGGAUAGCAAGGAGCCACUGGCAGCAAUGAUUCUAAAUCAAGACCAAAACAUGAAAUCACAGAAAGAGCAGGGUCUGAAAGAAAUGCUGAAAAUGAAGCAGCAAGGCCAACAAAUAGACGGUGUCACCAAAGAGUCCAUAGACGAGCAUUCAGCCUUCUUCUCCAAGCUGCUGGACUACCUCAAUAUGGAACCGUUUGGUGAUGCUCCAGGAGUCAACCGCGGGCCAACAGCUCCACUCCAGAAAUUAGUUGGACUGGAGAGCGUCCACAGCAGGACGAUGCAGGGUGAGGUCCCCGCCUCUCACCUCUCUGAGGAGAAGGUUGUGACCAUUCCCGAAAAGGAAGGGUCCCUGCGGUUGACUGGUCCACUAGGGGGGUCUGACUCUGAGAUUGAGAGGUGGAUGCAGGCGGAUCAGGCCCCAGCGGGACACCAGCAGCCAGAGGAGCCACAGAAGAAGGACAUGAAAAUCAAAACCCAGCUGGUCCACGUGGGAGUGAAGGAGUUUUCCAGCAGAGGGAAGGACAGACACUUUGGCUACAUUAUCACCGGCUCAGAGUCCCUCACCAAUGAGCGGGCUUCCGUUCUGAUGGAGCGGCUGACUCAGAGGCUGAAACUUCACGCUACUGAUCUCACCCAGCUCUCCGUCCUGGGUCCUGCGCUCACGUUCCGAGUCGGCCCAAAUCCCAAGAAUGUCACCACUGCAGACCUGGUUCAAGCUGCAGUCCAAGACAAGCAGCAGCUGGAGAAGGAGACGGGUCUGAAGAUAGUGGAGGCUGGAGUGAGUGACAGGGGCAGCUUGACCCAGAUCCCUGUGGUGAAGGAGACCCGAGUGGAGUCGGGCCAGUUCCUGCUGCUCUCCAUCCUCUGCAUGCUCUUCAUCCUGGUGGCGCUGGCCGUGUCCGCCACCUUCUUCUGCGUCCGCCAGCGCUCACACCUCCACAUGAAGGAGAAGCUGGCCAGCCUGGGGACUGACACCAGCACCGAUGCCACCGCAGCCUAUCAGGAGUUGUGUCGUCAGCGCAUGGCCAUCAGAACGUCGGAGCGCGUCGAGCGACCUGAGACCCUGCGUCACUCCCGCCUGAACAGCGUGUCGUCCCAGUUCAGCGAUGGCCCCGCCGCCAGCCCGUCGGCGCGCAGCAGCACCUCCUCCUGGUGCGAGGAGCCCGUCCCAUCCAACAUGGACAUCUCCACUGGUCACAUGAUACUGUCAUACAUGGAGGACCACUUGAAGAACAAGAACCGUCUGGAGCGCGAGUGGGAGGCGCUGUGCUCCUACCAGGCAGAGCCCGGUGCCUGCAGCGUGGGCCAGGGCGAACAGAACUCCAAAAGGAACCGCUCUGACUCCGUGGUUGUUUACGAUCACUCCAGGAUCACCUUGAAAGCUGAGAAUAACCACGGCAACUCGGAUUACAUCAACGCAAGUCCGAUCAUGGACCAUGACCCGCGUAAUCCCACUUACGUCGCUUCUCAGGGUCCGCUCGUUUCCACCGUGGCCGACUUCUGGCAGAUGGUGUGGGAGAGCGGCUGCGUCGUCAUCGUCAUGCUGACCCCGCUGUCAGAGAACGGAGUCAAGCAGUGUCACCACUACUGGCCUGAUGAAGGAUCAGAUGUCUACCACAUUUAUGAGGUCAAUUUGGUGUCCGAGCACAUCUGGUGUGAGGACUUCCUGGUGCGGAGCUUCUACCUGAAGAACCUGCAGACCAACGAGACCCGCACGGUUACGCAGUUCCACUUCUUGUCCUGGAUGGACCGCGGGAUCCCCGGCUCGGCCAGAACUCUGUUAGACUUCCGCAGAAAGGUUAACAAGUGCUACCGGGGUCGAUCUUGCCCAAUAAUUGUUCACUGCAGCGACGGAGCUGGCAGAACCGGGACCUACAUUCUGAUUGACAUGGUCCUCAAUAGGAUGGCUAAAGGUGCUAAAGAGAUUGAUAUUGCCGCUACCUUGGAGCACUUGAGAGACCAGAGAGCUGGCAUGGUCCAGACAAAGGAGCAGUUUGAGUUUGCUCUGACAGCCGUGGCAGAGGAGGUGAACGCCAUCCUCAAAGCGCUUCCUCAGUAAAGACGCCACACCUGAUCUUCUUCUUCCUCCUGCUUAACGAGCACCAGCUCAACAGUGCCCUUCAUCCAUAAUCUCUGAAUGUGGUGCCGGGUGUCCCUCCUGGAUCUGUAUUCGCUCGUUUCAGAGUGUGAAUGUUGAUCUGGUGUUAGUAUGUCCAAAAAACAAAAAAAAAUGUUAACAAUCCUACUGUUGGGUCUCUAUACAAUGAUGCUGUUCCUGAACGUUCUCUUUGAGACGUUUACGAGUUCGGAUUUAUGUCACAAAAUGGGCCGUUACCUGUUGAACUGAUACAAAACUAACAAGUUAUGGUCUCAACUAGUGGUUUUGUGUGUGAAAUCUUUUUUUAAAGAUGUUAAACAGUGAUUACAGAUCCUCAAAGGUUGUGGUAGUUUGUUGAUUAUUAAAUGCACCAACUAGUUUUUGUCAGAUGCUUCUGAAUUUUGUAAAGAUUGUUCCUGUUGACAAUCUUUACUUUGUUUUUUGUUCUAAAUUGUGGCUAAAUUGUAUAUUUGAGUGUGUUUUAUAUUCACUUUUUUGUUUGUCACUAGAAAACUAAAAUUAAUAUCAUCCUGAUAACUGAACCAAGGUAUUUAUUUAUCCCUAAAAGGAAACAAAUGAAGAUAUAAUAAAUUGUCACAUAAAAAUUCCAUUUAUUCUUUUAUGAACCAGAAUAUAUAAUAAUUAGUCUUUUUCUUUUAUGCUUUUUGACUUAAAAUUUAAAGUAACCUAAAAAACAGUUAUCCUACAAAACCUACGUUAAAAAGUGUUCUUUGAAUAUAAAAGAAAAUUCAGAUUAACUCCGGGAUGUGUUUGAUUGUUCCGUCAUUUAUUUAUUUAAUUGUAAUUUCAUGAAUUAAAGCAGUGGUCUGGAGUUUUCCCCCUCUCA